AUGUCGGGGAACUUCUCAAUUUUCAAUCCAGGAAGGCCAGCGGCACCGAAAUCCGACAAACCGAAACCGGCAAAUCUGCCUUGGGUUGAGAAAUAGUAAGUUUGCAUUGUAAAUCUUGUAUUUUUUCUGCCUUUAGUCGUCCAAGCCAAGUCCAGGAGAUAUCAUAUCAAGAAGAAGUUGUUGCAGCGUUGACGAAAUGCCUGGAAGGAAACGAUGUGAGUUUGGAUUCAUGGAUAAUAGAAAUUUUCGAUUAUUUUUGCGAUUUUCUUGGGAUUUUUGAUGGCAAAAAUUGAUAAACUUCUCUAAGACUCUGUAUACAAGCUUUUUAUAGCAAAAUUUUUGUUUCAGCUGCCUCACAUGUUGUUUUAUGGACCUCCUGGUACUGGUAAAACAACUGCAGCUCAAGCCGUUUACAAACAGCUAUUCAAGGAUCCAGAUACAAUUGCCGAUCGGGUAUUGGAGCUAAAUGCUUCAGACGAACGUGGAAUUGGUGUUGUCCGUGAUCGAGUACGUUUUUGAUGUUAAACUUGAUAUUCGAUGUUUAGAUCAAAGGAUUUGCCAAGCAGAAUGUGCGGAGUACGGCGAGCAAGAAAUGCGCGGCCUCGGUCAAGAUUAUCAUUCUGGACGAAGCUGAUGCCAUGACUUCAUCUGCCCAAAUGGCAUUGAGACGGAUUAUGGAAAGUGAAUGUAGGACAACUCGAUUCUUCAUUAUCUGUAACUACAUCAGCCGAAUUAUUGCCCCGUUGGCUUCUCGCUGCGUGAAAUUCAGAUUCAAACCACUUCCAGCUGAAGCGCAGAUUGAUCGGUGAGGAUUUGACAAAAUUUUUUGUCUCACUUUAUGUCAAGUGCAAGGUCAAAAAUUAUAUCGGAUUUUGUGUUUGUAGAUUGAAGUACAUUGUGGAGAACGAGAAUCUCAAAAUUACCUCCGAAGCCCUCAAUCAAUUGAUCUCAUUUUCGGAUGGAGACCUGCGCAAAUCCAUCACUCGGCUUCAGUCUUUGAGUCUUGGCUUCGACUCGAUUGAAUCGCAAAAUGUGGCCGAUAUUUGCGGUCAAAUUCCCUACGAGCAAAUGGAGAAGUUCUACAAAGCGCUGAAGGGGAACCGAGUGGAGAUUGUGGAGGAGAAAUCCCGAGAAUUUAUUCGCAAUGGAUUCUCUCCGAAGCAAUUCCUCGAACAAAUUUCGGAGCUGAUUUUGAAGGAUGAUUCGUUGAGAUCCGUGGACAAAGCGAGGAUUUUGGGGAAGAUUGGGGUAUGUUCUGACUAGUGGAGGCUCUUCGUUUCGAUUGGAUUAGGUUUUAUCAGAUUUCUGGAAGAUUUCUAUAUUGUACAUGACCCCUGAAAAAAAAAAUUUUUUUGAGUUUGUUUUUGAUAUUCCUCGUUUCAGGAAGAAGAUGCUCGACUUCUGGAUGGUGCCAGCCCACUUUUGGUCAUCACUUCGCUUUGCCUUUCCAUUUUUAAUAUCAAUUCUUCUACCUAA